AUGGCGCCGGGAGAACAUCACCACCGGAGUACGACCAAACAGGCUCACAAGCCUUACAAGUCAAAACACAUGAGCAAGGGCGCGAUCAAGGACAAGAACAAGGGUAAGGUCGAGUCAGUAGGCUUUGAGCGUGGAACCAGAAAGACUCCUCACCAGCAAAUCAUGUCCAAGCUGGACCGCCGCAACCAGGCCAAGCAAAAGCGCCUGGUCAAGGACGCCGAACACGAUCGCCAGACAAACGUCUUCCACGGAAAGAACGCUGCUCCUCGAAUUUGCGCCGUCAUUCCUCUCUGUGAAGACAUCUCGAGCGCCACCGCUGUUCAGAACCUCGUCCGCAGCGUCGACAUCCAGGACGAUGCUCCCAACUCGAACCUCUGGAAAGUCGAUGUCGCCCGCUUCAAGCAGAAGCUCCAAUUCAUUACCCUCGGACGUCGCGAUGUCCUCGAUGCCCUGGAUGCCUGCCGUGUUGCCGACUUUGUCAUUUUCCUUCUGAGCGCCGAUCAAGAGGUGGAUCCUGUGGGCGAGCAGAUGCUGCGUACCAUUGAAAGUCAGGGUGUGUCGAAUGUCAUUACUCUGGUCCAAGGCCUCGACCAGAUCGAGCCCGCAAAGAGACGCCCGCAAGUCUUGGGCUCGCUCAAGUCUUUCAUCACCCACUUUUUCGCUACUCAGGAGCGCGUACACUCUCUGGACGCCCGUCAGGAUUGCGCCAACGUCGUCCGCUCGCUUUGCACUACUACACCUAAGGGCAUUCACUGGAGAGAAGCACGAAGCUGGAUGCUAGUCGAUGAUAUGGCCUGGCCCCAAGAUACCUCGAACACUGUCGUCUUCACCGGAACCGUACGCGGAAGAGGCCUCAAGGCCGACAGACUGCUUCAAGUUGGAGACUGGGGUGACUUCCAGAUUGAGAAGAUUAUGGCCGCUGCACCUCUGGAAAGUAAGAAGAAACACUCGGCUGAUGACAUGGCUAUGGAUGACACUCCUCAAGAGGACAGUGUUCUUGAGCUUCCAUCCGAGGACCAGGACGAUAUUGCCGAUCUUGCACCUGAAGAGACGGCCAUGACAGACUUCGCCCCUUCAGUAGCUGCCACGGAACGUAAGGGUGUUUUGCUGGACGACCACCACUACUUUGACGAGGACGAGGACGAGGAGGCAUCAAAACCGAAGAAGCUGCCCAGAGGUACUUCGAAAUACCAGUCUGCCUGGUACGUUGGAGAUAUCUCCGACUCUGGCUCCGAUCUAGAGAGCGGUGACGAGGAGAUGGACGAUGCCAUGGAGGACGCUGUUCCCGCCGAUGGUACUGAGGGCUUUGCUCCUCGCGAACCUACGGAAUACGCUCCUUCAGAAUACCCACAAUCAGAGAUGUUCCUAGACCGAUCACCCGAAGAAGAGGCCGAGCAACUGGCUGCUUACCGCGAGUCACGAAAGGCCGAGGCCGACGAGGAUCUCGAGUUCCCAGACGAAAUCGAACUGCACCCCAACGUGUCAGCUCGCGAAAGACUGGCUCGUUACAGAGGUCUCAAGAGUCUGCGCACCAGUGCGUGGGAGCAGGACGAGGACAAGCCGCAUGAGCCUGCAGAGUGGUCGCGCCUGCUUGAAAUUGCCAACUACAAGGCAGCAGAGCACCGCAUGGUCAGCGAAGCCCUGGUUGGCGGCGUUGCUCCUGGUACCCGUGUUCACGUCUACGUUCGUCUGGGCGACUCUUCCCCUGAGACUCUCAAGACUCUCCCCACACCGACAGGCAUCUUCUCGUUGCUCCGCCACGAGCACAAGCGUACUUCGGUCAACCACAGCAUCACACUCAGCAGCGACUACCCUGCACCAUUGAAGUCCAAGGACGAGCUGAUCAUGCAAUGCGGCUCUCGUCGUUUGGUCAUCAACCCCCUGUUCUCGCAAGCAGGCAACACUCCCAACAACGUGCACAAGUUCGACCGCUACCUGCACCCCGGUCAAACAGGCAUGGCCUCUUUCAUCGGUCCUCUCACAUGGGGCCACGUGCCUUGCCUGUACCUCAAGCGCACCUCCACCAUCCCUCCACCUCCCGCCGACUCAGACAACGAGGAGGACGACGCCAUGGACGACGACUCUUCCGCCAACAAACCCCUCUACACACUUGUCGCCACUGGCACGUCAGUCGCCCCCAGUACCAACCGCAUCAUCGCCAAACGUGCCGUCCUCACCGGUCACCCCUACAAGAUCCACAAGAAGCUGGUCACCAUUCGCUACAUGUUUUUCAACGAGGAAGACGUGGCGUGGUUCAAGGCCAUUCAGCUCUGGACCAAGCGCGGACGCAGCGGUUACAUCAAGGAAUCGCUGGGUACGCAUGGUUACUUCAAGGCUACGUUCGAUGGCAAGAUCAACCCUAUGGAUGCUGUGGGUAUGAGUUUGUACAAGAGAAUGUGGCCCAGAUGGGCAAAGGAGUGGAGACCUGGCAUGGAGACUGCCACUCUGGAGAAUGAGAAGGGUGAUAUGAUUGCUUAG